AUGCAGGGAGCCUGGGCGCUGCUGCUGCUGCUGGGCCUCAGGCUACAGCUGUCACUUAGCUUCAUCCCAGCGGAGGAGGAGGACCCAGCUUUCUGGAACCAAAAGGCAAAGGAGGCCCUGGAUGUCGCCAAAAAGCUGCAGCCUAUUCAGACGUCAGCCAAGAACCUCAUCAUCUUCCUGGGGGACGGCAUGGGGGUACCCACCGUGACAGCUACUCGGAUCCUAAAGGGACAGUUGAAUGGUCACCUAGGACCUGAGACACCCCUAGCCAUGGACCGCUUGCCAUAUAUGGCUCUGUCCAAGACAUACAGUGUGGACAGACAGGUCCCAGACAGUGCAAGCACAGCCACCGCCUACCUGUGUGGGGUCAAGACCAACUACAAGACCAUAGGUGUGAGUGCGGCUGCACGGUUCGACCAGUGCAACACCACAUUUGGCAAUGAGGUCUUCUCUGUGAUGUACCGUGCGAAGAAAGCAGGAAAAUCUGUAGGGGUGGUGACCACCACCAGGGUGCAGCAUGCCUCUCCAGCAGGCACGUAUGUUCACACGGUGAACCGCAACUGGUAUGGGGAUGCCGACAUGCCUGCCUCAGCUUUAAAGGAAGGCUGCAAAGACAUUGCUACACAGCUCAUUUCCAACAUGGACAUUAAUGUGAUCCUUGGUGGGGGCCGAAAAUACAUGUUUCCUGCGGGAACCCCAGAUCCCGAGUAUCCAAAUGAUGUUAAUGAGACUGGAACCAGGCUGGACGGCCGGGACCUGGUUCAGGAAUGGCUAUCCAUGCACCAGGGAUCCCAGUAUGUUUGGAACCGUGAAGAACUCAUUCAGAAGUCCCUGGACCCAUCAGUGACAUACCUCAUGGGCCUCUUUGAGCCUGUAGACACAAAAUUCGAGAUCCAAAGAGAUCCCUUAAUGGACCCAUCUCUGAAGGACAUGACAGAGGCAGCCCUGAGAGUGUUAAGCAGGAACCCCAAAGGCUUCUACCUCUUUGUGGAGGGGGGCCGAAUCGACCGUGGUCACCAUCUGGGCACAGCCUAUCUGGCGCUGACUGAGGCGGUGAUGUUUGACUCAGCCAUCGAGAAGGCUAGCCAGCUCACCAGUGAGCAGGACACGCUGACCAUUGUCACCGCUGACCACUCCCAUGUUUUCUCCUUUGGUGGCUACACGCUUCGAGGAACCUCCAUCUUCGGGCUGGCCCCCCUCAUGGCUCUGGACGGCAAGGCUUACACCUCCAUCCUGUAUGGCAACGGCCCAGGCUAUGUCGGUACAGGCGAAAGACCCAACGUCACUACCGCUGAAAGCAAUGACCCCUCGUACCGGCAGCAGGCGGCUGUGCCAGUGAAGUCGGAGACCCACGGCGGGGAGGACGUGGCGAUAUUCGCGCGUGGCCCGCAGGCGCACCUACUUCACGGAGUGCAAGAGCAGAACUACAUCGCGCACGUCAUGGCCUUCGCAGGCUGCCUGGAGCCCUACACCGACUGCGGCCUGCCGCCCCCUGCCGGCCAGAGCAGCGUCACCACCCCUGGCCACCCCACCAUAAAAAGCACCACGACAACCCGCCAGACCACCACCCCUGCCCAGAGCAGCGCUGGUAGCCUGGGCUCAGCCAUCAGCCCGCUGGCCUUGACGCUGCUGGCCGGAACCCUGAUGCUGCUAUUAGGGACCACAGCAGAGUCCUAAACUCCAGCUCAUCCAC